CUCCAAGCGUCUCAUCUUGCCUACUUCUUGAGCCUUCCACAAUAACGUUAACGCACUGUCAACUUGCUUGUCCUUGUACGACACAGCCUUACGAAAUACCACUUCCUUACGCCGAUACAAUAAUGGCAUCUUCAGGCAGCGUGUUCUCCGAAACGCUACAAACAAUCACUACCACCAAGCUCGAGGAACUCGCCAAACAGCGUGCUGCAUUCGACGAGCAAUAUGCUGCGUUGCUUGCUGCGGCUAAAGCAGAGAAUUAUGCAGUUAAACGUCUUGAGGUUCUCGUUGACGGCAUCAAAGCAUGUCUAGGGGUAAAGACUGUUGCCUGUAAGGCCAACGACAGGCGACCCGGACCCGUAGUCAGUGGCGGCACGCGAAACGUACAGCUUGAAACUGAUCUCAAAAAUCUGGAUCGCUUCCUCGAGCAGGCGCGUUACGAUCCCUCGGUAUCGCCCAAAGUACUCGAGGACUGGGAGACGACGUUGUUGCAGUAUCUUUCAGUUCAAGAUGUCAAAUUCCAAUACGCGGAUCUCUACGGCAAGCUGGUCACUGAAUGGUUGUCUUCUGAAAAGAGUGCGCUUGCAGAUGGCGACGUAGAAAUGGCCGAGAGCUUCGAGGAACUUCCAGGAACCAAAAAACUUGAAGCUCGUGCUGAGUGGGAGAAGGUUGUCUUUGAACCCCCUGAUGUCGACCUGCCAAUGGUACGAUCCUACCUCAAUGACCUCCUAGGCAUAGACAAGAAGGCAAUUGCCGCCAUCAAAGAUUUACACGACACGAUAGAAGAAUUCGAGAACAGUCUCAGCAGUCCGGCACAAUUCAGUAUUCCUACGCUGCGCUGGGUCAUCACGGGGCUUGCAGACUCCGAUCUGUUGUCGAGUGAAAAGCGAGAAGUAUUGAACGACUUCCUCAACAACGAUGUCAUCUUGGCAGAAAUUGCUGAUAUUCUCAACCUUCGGAUGGCAGCGCUCGAUCGUUGGAGCUGGGGUGACCAUGUUCUUCUGGAGCAACGACGAAAACUUAACGGCGGCUACAAUUUUUUCAUGCAUCAUGAUCUCUUGCAGGCUAUCUUCCUGCAUUACAUCGGUGUGAAAUGGUCUGUGUUCUUCAAGGCUGUGUUUUUGAAGAUGCGCGACAACGAACAAACGUGGAAGAGCAAUAGUUCCAAGAUCGGGAGAGUCGAUCGAUUGCGACGCUCUUACUUCCUGGGCUCAGCAGGUACUAACACGAAGAACAACCUUCAAGGAAAGCGUAACAAGACUCAUCGUAAACGAUAUUUUGUGCAUCAGCUUCUUGAUCACAAUACCCAACGCGUCGAACUGCAGGAGGGAGAAGAGGAAGCAGAGUAUAGUGAUAUGGUUGAAAUGUCCCGAAAGCGCAAGCAGACUCAUCAACAGGCAGGACCGCACCCACCACCACGGAUGCAAAAGAUGCAAGCUCAAGCGCCGAUGCCGGCGAUGCCGGCGAUGUUCGGAACCAGACACAGCCUAAUGUUAUCUAACAACAAGGCAGAGGCAGGCUCACGCAUACUAGCAGAUGAAGACCCAAAAGAAGAAGCAGACGACGAGGACGAAGAAGACGAUCAACAAUCAAAGAAGCCUAUGGAAGCAAAGCAACACCUUCUCCAUCUGUUGUCUACAGAGAUCAUUGUUAACUCACGCCUCCAUGGCGAGCUGACCUGCUUUCGCACCAUCUUUGAAUCAUGGAACCCGCUUCUGCCUCAUGAAACUGUUCUGGCAGUUUUGGAAUUCUUUGGCGUUUCCACGAAGUGGAAUAAUUUCUUCAGAACUUUCAUGCAGGCCCCGCUCAAGUUUAUGGACGACGAUCGGUCUUCUCAGCCACGUUUACGACGUCGAGGCACUCCAGGCUCGCACGCCCUGAGCGACGUGUUCGGUGAGGCGGUACUGUUUUGUUUGGACUUUGCUGUCAACCAGGCUACUGAUGGUGCAUUGCUACACCGUUUGAAUGACGAUGUAUGGUUUUGGAGCAAGGACCACGAGAAGUGUGCGAAGGCUUGGACAAGUGUCCUCAAGUUCACGGAGGUGAUGGGAGUGAAGAUCAACGAAACCAAAACUGGAAGCGUCCGGAUUUCGCCGGGCAAGGAUCUUGUUGUCGAUGAUCGCCUCCCACAAGGCGAAAUCAGAUGGGGCUUCUUGUAUUUGGACCCUUCCAGCGGACGUUUUGAAAUCGAUCAAAAGAAUGUAGACGUCCACAUCUUGGAGCUGCGCAAGCAGCUGCAAGGCAAAUCCAAGAGUGUCAUCGACUGGAUUCAAGCCUGGAAUUCAUACGCCGCUACAUUCUUCAGUUCUAAUUUCGGAGCCUCAGCCAAUUGUUUCGGCCGCGAACACGUCGACAAGAUGCUAGCUACACAUCGCCAUAUUCAAGAGAGCAUCUUCGACGGUGGAAACGUUGUUCAACAUCUCAAGACGAUGAUCAAAGAGCGCUUCAAUGUUGCGAAUGUGCCAGACGGCUUCCUCUUCUUCCCAGUCGAACUCGGAGGUCUGGACCUCAAAUCCCCAUUUGUCAAUCUUCUUCAAAUCCGUGAAUCAGUUAUGGAAAACCCAUACGACCUUCUCGACUUAUACGAGGAAAAUGAACGGGACGAUUACACCGAUGCAAAACAGAGGUUCGAUAGUGGUGAGAUCGCCAAUACCCGCCAGAUUGUAGAAGAUCCAGGGUGGAAGCCAGAGGAUGCGGACACCUUCAUCUCCAUUGACGAAUUCACACGUUACCGUGAAGAGUUCACAGGGUAUCGCAAGGCAAAGCUAAGCAGCGCGUACGUUCAGUUGCUGAAACAGCCGACCCAGAGGGCCAUUGAUAUCAGCGAGCAGGUUCGUCAGGCGCUUAAUCAACUUCGAGGACAGAGUAAUUUGCGUGGUAUAACUUCGCACUGGGGCACUAUGGACGCAUAUUGGAAAUGGAUCACGCAGAUGUACGGCCCUGAGAUGGCUAGUAAAUUUGGCGGACUGAAUGUUGUCGAUUUCGGUUUGCUGCCCCUCGGCAUGGUGCAGCAAUUUCGUCAGAAGAGGAUCAAGUGGCAGGGCUGAGGUGGGUUUGAAGAUUAUAAGUAGGUCUUGUAUGACGACCAGGAAAUCUGCACGGAGGAUUGAAUCUUCUUACUAGGCUCCGCGGUCGACAUCUUUAACCACCAUGCUCACUGGAAAACAUCUGCUUGUAUUUUUUAUGCAUUUAGUUGUGCGAGUUAUAUUUCCUUGCAAACACGCUUUUCGGGUCCACAUCGUAUGUACGAAAGAUCAUGACUCCGUAUAAUCUGCUCUCAUUCCCAGU